CCCCCGCCCCUUUUUCUGUUGGUACUUUCUCAGCUACCGGACGGAUCCGUUUACUUUGGGAGGGUUUCGGCGAUCCGCGAACCUCCCGUCGACUCGUCCCUGCCCGUCUCCGCAGCGGCCCUGAAGGGCACCAGGUGUGAUGCGCACCCGGCAAUCCGCCCGUCUCGGAUGAGGGGGUCUUUCUCCGGAACAAGGUGGUGAGAGCUCCCCCCCUCCUCCUCCUCCACCCUCCUCCUCCUCCUCCUCCUCCUCCACGCCCUGUGCAUUUUUAUUAUCGAUAGCCGCCCGCCACCAUGUCCCCUCCGGCAUCGGCCGCCACAGCGAGUGACAGCAGUGCGACCACCGUCUUCGAGGAGGACUCCAGGGAGGAGCAGCAAAGACCCCUGAAGCAAUCUCUGAGCAAGUCGCUGUGCCGGGAGAGCUUUUGGAAAUGCCUGCUCCUGUCGCUUCUCAUGUAUGGCUGCAUGGGAGCGAUGGUCUGGUGUCACGUCACCAAGGUGACCCGUCUCACCUUUGACAGCGCCUUUAAAGGGAAAUCCAUGAUGUACCACGACAGUCCCUGCUCUGACGGCUACAUCUACAUCCCCCUGGCCCUGCUGGCCAUGCUUUACCUGGUCUACCUCGUGGAGUGCUGGCACUGUCACGUGAAGAGCGAGCUGCAGCACAAAGUGGACGUGGAGGGCAUCUACGAGCGCAUCGAAAGGAUGCAGCAGGCCAAACCGUGCAUCUGGUGGAAGGCCAUCAGCUACCACUACGUCCGCCGAACGCGGCAGGUCACGCGCUACCGCAACGGAGACGCUUACACUAGCACGCAGGUUUACCACGAACGCGUCAACACCCACGUGGCAGAGGCUGAAUAUGACUACGGCCACUGUGGCGUCAAAGACGUGUCGAAGCAGCUGCUGGGCUUGGAGAAGUCUGCCCUCACAAAGAUGCGUUUCACCAAGUGCUUCAGUUUUGCCAACGUGGAGUCCGAGAAUUCCUACCUGACGCAACGGGCGAGGUUUUUCACUGAUAACGAGGGCCUCGACGACUACAUGGAGGCCAGGGAGGGCAUGCACCUGAAGAACAUCGACCUGAAGGAGUACGUCAUGGUGCUGUCCGACCCGGAGCGCCACCCUUGGUACUUCUCCCACUACGUCUUCUGGUGUGCCUCGUUCUUCACUUUCUCCUGGCCUCUCAGAGUCUUCAUCGAGUACCACACCGCAUACGUCCACUACCGCGUCGAGAAGCUCUUUGGCCACGAUCACCUCCCGGUGACUCCGUGCGACGACAGGCCGUAUUGGCGCCGCAUCCCUCGCGUUAACACCAUUGACAGCACGGAACUGGAAUGGCACAUUCGGUCCAACCAGCAACUGGUUCCCAGUUACUCGGAGGCCGGCCUGAUGGACCUGGCCCAGUGCCCGUCCAGCUUCAGCGGGAUCCGCCAGAACUGCGAGCGCUGCCACAGAGCCGUCAGCUGCUCCUCGGUGUUCUCCAGGAGCGCCCUCAGCGUCUGCACCGGCGCCAGCUCCCGCAUCCCUUUCAGCGGCAGCCGGUUCUCGCUGGCGAGGCGCUACGGCUCCCAGCGCAGCUGCUUCUGGCGGAGCGGCAGCCUGGACGACCAGGAGAGCCCCAGCGAAAACACCCGCUGUCUAUCGGAGCGCCUCGCCACAGGCGACGAGGGCCCCCCAGAGUACGAGGACGCACUGUGCUACCCGGUGCUCAUUGUCCACUGCAGUGAGAACUGCCACAACCACAGGUCUUUCCACAGAAAUGGCUCCUGCGUGGAGACUUCUCUAUGACUAUGCAGAACAAACACAGACGCAUUUCUGUAGCAUACAAACACUUUGGACCCCAGAGUGUGAAAACCAGUCUUAAUGUGAGAUGACCGAUUCAUGCUGUACUGUCAUGCCCUCCGAAGCCAAUGGAUCCUGAAUGUGCAAAUCACCAAAGCAAUAACAUGAACGGUGGAAAACAAAGCGACGGCGGCAUGUGAACCAACAAUGGUGGAAAAAUGACAUCUGCCUGGCUUCCACGAGCAAGCAGACAAAGACUGUUACGUAACUGUUACGGUCUCCUAAGCGUCUUACAUAUGAAAUAGAAGCUGCUGUUACCUCUCAAGACUUUUUGUCCCAAAGCCACGGGCGAGAUGAGUAGAGUCAAAAGUUCUGUUCGGUGAAAUGUCAGUCGGACAAACACAUCAGAUAAUUACAGCAAUAACCAGGAAAUUGAAUACUGUGUGAAGUGAUAACGUAGAAGGAGGAAUAUCAAUGAAACAGUUGGGGCUAUUGCAUGUUUGUUAACACACUGGUCAACGUGAAGACCCCCGAUUCUAAAAGAGACCUCACUCACUAUUAUACCUAUGAUGUUUAAAAAUGUAUAUUGUUUGUGUGAAGUGUUGUAACUUUACUUUUUGGAAGUACCUACUUUUUAUCGACAUGCCUCCUGCAUUUCUACUUCAGUUAGUGGCUUCGUGGAUUCCCCAGAAAAUAGGUAAGCUUAUUUUCCGCUGUGGGUUUAAUGUGUUAUUGGACUGUGACAAAAUGAAAGUAAAAACAGAGGGAGUGAUAUAACUAAGAAAAAAACACUUUAUUCAGAGAGACCCGUCUUGUUAGUGUUGGGCAGAGCAUUUGGUGUAACUGAUAUGCUGUUUUUACAAUGGAUUUCUCUCUUUCUUUGACUGUUGACUGUUGCUACUACCUGGCGGCUCCAGAGAGGAAAGUACCGUUCUUUUCAAUGUUGAUGUUUACAGUCGCUGUUUUUGAAACAUAUUAUCCGACCAACCGCCACUGUAGAUGCUGGAAUUAUGUCAACGUACGGCACAUGGGCACAGUUUGGAUAUCUGCAAAAAAAGGAUUUUUUUGCUUUAACAUUUGACAGCUGUUUGGUCUUGACUGAGCCAGAAACUGUUGGAUGAGGCUGUCAAUUCACACGAGCCUAACACACGAAAAUGCAUUAUGAAUUGAAUUUGUCAAUUUUUUCUUAAAUUAGACAUUUCUUUCCUACUUACUGCCAAACCGAAAACUUCUGUUCAAAAAAAGACAAGGACUUGUUUACAUUGAAUUUACAACACAUUUGAACGGACGGAUAUCACAUUGGAGGAAGACGUUUUCUCACACUGUCAUGAAACAGAGAUCUGUUAAGUCAUUAUAAUUACUAAUCAAUAUAUUGAUUUAGUGUCCCAAAAAACUCAAAAUAAUGACUUAGGUGAAAAUAUUGACUUCUAAACAUCUAGAUAUAGUUUUAAUAUCUCAAAACAUUAAUUUAGUAAGACAAAAUAUUUAAUUAGUAACGGAAAAUCAUACACAGAUUUCCUAAUAUGUUGACAUUCUCAUUAUUUUGUUUAAUUUAAGGGUACUAAUGAAUAAUUUCCAUACACAUCAGUCAUUACCAUUAUCAUCUUUUAACAUAACAAAUCACAGUGCGGUUUUAACUGCCUAAAGUCAUCAAAUCUAUGUUCAAAUUUGCAUGGUUUUCUUCUGCUAGGACAAUGUCUUGAUAACACGUGAAUGUAAACCACCAGCAUAUAUGAUACACUGUUAUACAUCUCAGUUAUGUGUCUUUAGGAGAGUAAAGGACUAAUGCUCAGUUUUUGUAUGUAAAAUGGUGAUUUCACUGUCCAGUGUAUCUCCAAUGAGAUACAGUCAGUGAAAGAGCACAUUACACACAAACGUGUCACCACGUUUCCUAAAGACAUUUUAUUAAUCUGGGCUCCUUGAAGCUCACAGGCAGAUAUGCAAGGAUGUAAAUGCACAAACCAAUUAAACUUUAUGACACUGACUUUUUUAACAUAUUGUAUGCACCCUAGAGUAUUACAUCUUGUUCUUACAUUGUUUUCAAUAAUGUGGUGACACCAGUAUUAUGCACUUAAAGUGACACUAGACAUUAUGAAUUGUAGUGAAGCUGAAUGUUGGUGUAAAUGCCAUUGAAAUAUUAAAGUAGUCAAGCUGAAAUAUUUAAAAAUGCAAAAGUUGGUCGUAAAACAAUAAGACCGCUUACAGUUUCUUGUCAAAUGUAAAAAAUAUUACUGUAGUUAUAAUCUAAUGGGCUGUAUAAAUAACGUUAUUAUCUUUUGAAAUAUGUAUUCAAUUUGAUCUUAUGUUGGAAAAAUAAAAGUUGCAAUAAAUGUUUGGGGUGAA